AUGUUAAAUUGGAGGCUUUGUUUAUCAGAACUUGUAUUAUGUUUGCAAGAAGAAGCAAAGCCUUUAUUUAAUUAUAUUAAAUUUAUAAAAGUUUUAGAUUAUGUAAGAUUAUACGAGUGUGUCAAUCCUUGGAUUAAACAAUAUGGUGAUGAUGGUCAUAAUUAUGAAGGUAAUGGCAAACAAGAAGAUAAACAUGAAUUAAAAAAUUUAAUACUUUAUCAAGAACUUUGUUUAGAAUCAUUAUCAAUUAUAAGCAUGGUAAAUAAAGACAACAAUAACCUUAAUUAUACUUGUGACAACAACAAAUCAAGAAUUGAUGGCAUUUUAAGAGCAAUUGAAUAUAAGGCUCAGUUUAUUAAGGAGUUAACAAUUGAAUUUGAUCAAGCAAGCAUUUACUGGGAUGAUGGUGAUGAUAUUGGAAAUUUCAGAAAUUUAAAAGUUUUAAACUUUAAACAAAAUACAAUUGAUUUCGAAAAUGUUGUGAAAUUAAUUAAAAAAACAAAUUAUAAUCUUUUAAACAUUAAAUUAACCUGGAGAGUGAAAAGGAAACCAUCAUCAUCAUCAAACAUUUAUAAUCAUAACACUGCCUCAAACCAUAACAAUUUAUUUGACACAAUAACAAAAUACUGUCCAAAUCUAAAUUAUAUAAGUUUACAAAUCAAUAAUGAAACAUUUAGAGAUUUGUUUUGUAUUUUCAAAUCAUGUAAAAACCUAAAGAAUGUUGAUUUGAAUAGCGAAGCAUAUUUUGAAAUGAAAAUAUGGGAUAUCAGUAAAGAUAUGAAAGAAUUUGGUCAGGUAAUUAAUGUCAAAUCUCUAAUUAAAGUGAAAUUUGAUUCUAGAAUAAAUAUUAGUAAUGAUGGAAUUAAAGAUUUCUUACAGUCUGUUGAAGAGAAUUUCAAUUUGAAUAAUAACAUUAGCAACCAGAAAUUUAUUGUUGAAAAGCCUUUGGUUUAUAAUGAAAAUCUUGUAUUUAGAAAACAAUUUAUUCAUAAAUAA